UAUGCACUUACUGCAUUCGUUUCGCAGUCAACCUAGGAGACGGAGGGCCGUCUCCCACGCAGUCCAGUCUGAGCGAUAAUUGUGAUUUCUGUGUUUGUGUGUGUCGAUGCAACAUGUCGUCAGUAGCUGCUACUAAUCGUGCUAGUGAAAUGUGGAACAAUUGUGCUGAUGUGAACACUCCAAGUGCCCGAGAAGUGAAACAGUACGGAUAUGCACAGUAUCCGAUGGUAUCACCAGACUCCUAUAACUAUCAAAAUAACUACUAUCCACCAAAUGGUGAUUAUUCUAAUACAGUAAGUGCUAGUUACGGUGGCAGGCCAUAUGGAAACAACAAUCAGUGCGAUGGAAUAGUGAAAUCAGAACCGAAUAAUUGGCAUGGUUAUCCAACGAGUUACAUGCAUGAUAAUCACACUAAUUUUGACAUGAUAAAUAAAUGGAGAGAAAUGAAUUACUACGGUCAACACGGACAGCAACUAGCCAAUUAUGGAUUUGAUCAAAGAAUGAACCAAUUACGAAAUCAACCUACUCCAGAUAAUAGGAGCGAUGACGCUAGGUCACUCAAUUCUCCAAAUGUAGGCGAUGUAAACUAUGGAUCACCACAGAGUGCUUCAAGUAACGUAAAACCAGGUUUGGACCAUCCAGUGUCAGAAGAGGAAGAUUCUCCUAAUCUCCGAUCCUUAUUGACGAAGCCUAAAACAAAGAAGCCGCUGCCGUAUUUUGUGAAAUGUGAUAAACCGUAUGCGCAAGAAAUGAUGCAGCGUAUGAUGUACCACGCAGAUGAUGGUGCGGAUUGGGAAAAAAGUAAUGAAGUUUCGCCGUCGAAGGAAUGCAAUUUGUCGCAAUUUCAUGGUGGUUUCGAGAAUGGUAAGGGUCAAACGUCAAUCAAGAGCGAAGGUGUGGGUGGAGCGCCCGCGAAAGACGCCGCGCCGUCCUCGCUGGAGUCUGCGGAGCCCUGUCAGGACGUGACGAGGGUCGAAGCAGGCGGGGACAAUGCGGAUUACGCCGAGAAUAAAAUGGCCGCUACAGCCGAUAUGCAAGGAUAUUAUCCGUGGAUGAAAGGUGUUGGAGGUGACGACAAAAAAGAAGGAUCAAAGAGGACGCGCCAAACGUACACUCGCUUCCAGACCUUGGAGUUGGAAAAGGAAUUUCAUUUCAACAAGUACCUAUCCAGGAGGCGCAGGAUAGAAGUAUCCCAUGCCCUGGGACUGACCGAACGACAGAUCAAGAUUUGGUUUCAGAACAGGAGGAUGAAGGCGAAGAAGGAUGGAAAGCUUACGACGUCUCCUGAUCCUUAUGCUGCUGAAGACAUGGGUGCUACGAAGAUUCCUGGUAUGCCUGAGUACAUGGAGUCCAGACCACAGAUGCCUGGUAUAGCAGAGUACCCUAAUUUUCCAAUGGCUCCAGUAUCAGGUAAUGUAGGUCACGGAACCAUACCCAACGGCAUGCCUCCAAAUUAUAUGAUGCCCAAUUAUGGACCCAUGAUACCCAAAAUGUGACCAUAACGAUAUUUUUUAUGUUGAUUAUUUGUACAUAGUUAUAAAUUAUUAUUUUUUUAAGACUUCAUAGAAGGUUUAUUUAGGACACUUUUUAAAUAUAGCGGAGGAUUUAUUAACCAGUUAACUAAAAUUACGAUAUUGUUUUCUCUCUUCAUUUCAUACUUCAUUAAUUUAGCGUCUGAAACUCUGUUCAUGUUAAGAUGAAUGCUUUAGUUUUUAUUUCUAUUUUGUUUAUCUCUCUUGAUCAGGUAUAGGUAGGUACCUAGGUAAGAAGUAGGUACUUCAAUCAAAAUAUUCAGCGAAUGUUAUGUAUUACAAUAUGAUUAGAUUUUUUAUAUUUUACAUUUUAUUAAAUCCACAAUAUUAAUACUUAACAAAAUAGUUCUUUUCUAUUUCUGUAAUGCGACAUAUUACUAAUAUAAUUUAAUUUCCUU